AUGGAUCACAUUGAAGAGUUGGGAGAAGAUAAGCUAACACAUUUCUGCAAGAAGGCAUCGAUGUUGUUCUUUGAUCAAUAUGGUCUCAUCAGUCAUCAAAUAAACUCAUACAAUCAGUUCAUCAGCAGUGGCCUUCAGAGCACCUUUGAUUCCUUUGGUGACCUCAUUGUUACGCCGGGCUUUGAUCCUUCCAAAAAGGGUGAUCACGAACACUACCCUUAUGCUUCCAUCAGGUUCGGGAAGGUUACUCUUGAUCAACCCAAGUUCUUUGACAACAAAGGGAAUACUAAGGAGUUUAAGAUGCUUCCUAGGCAUGCCCGACUUCAGAGGAUGACUUAUUCUUCCCAAAUGAAAGUUAAUCUUCAAGUUCAGUUUUAUGUUCCAAAGAAGGUUAGAAGUGACAAAUUUAAAACUGGAAAAGAAGAACACCUUGAUAAAGAGGUUCUCAAGGAAGAUAACAGAGAAAUAAUCAUUGGGAAACUCCCUGUCAUGGUUAAGUCUGAUCUAUGUUAUAUGAAAGGAGAUAAAAAGGGUGAUUGUGAAUUUGAUCAUGGAGGUUACUUUCUGAUCAAGGGUGCAGAAAAGGUCUUUAUUGCACAGGAGCAAAUCAAUACAAAGAGGCUCUGGGUUUCAAAUUAUCCAUGUUGGAAAAUUGAGUACAGGUCACAGGUGAAGAGAAAUAGGUUAGGUGUUAAACUGGUUGAGAAGUGCAGAUUUAAAGAAAUUAAAGUUGGAGAGAAGGUCCUUACUGUAUAUUUUUUGAGUGUGGAGAUUCCUGUAUGGAUACUAUUUUUUGGUCUUGGUGUCUCAUCAGACAAAGAGAUUAUAAUAGAUCUCAUUGAUUAUGGCAAUGAUGAUGACAUAAUUCACAAUAUUCUCUUUGCAUCCGUUCGUGAUGCGGAUGAGAAAUGUGAAUACUUUCGUAAAGGGAAGAAUGCACUUCAUUUCAUAGAGGGUUAUGUAAAAGGUGUCCAAUUUCCACCUUCAGAGUCUAUUGAAGAGUGCCUUAACAUGUAUCUCUUUCCCAACAUUAAAGGCCUUAAAAGGAAGGCACGCUUACUUGCAUAUAUGGUGAAGGGUCUCUUACUGGCUUAUACUGGCCGCAGAAAAUGUGAUAACAAGAAUGAUUUUCGAAACAAGAGGCUUGACUUGGCUGGUGAGCUUCUUGAACGUGAGCUGAAAAGACACAUUGAACAUGCGCGGAAGCAAAUGGCAAAGGCAUUGCAAAGAGACCUUUAUGGAGAUCGUGAAGUAUGCCCAAUUGAGCACUAUCUUGAUGCUUCCAUAAUUACAAAUGGUCUCCAAAGAGCAUUUUCUACUGGACAAUGGUCCCAUCCAUAUAAAAGGUUAGAAAGGAUUUCUGGUGUGGUUGAAAAUCUUGGGCGAACAAAUCCAUUACAGACCGUGGCUGAGUUAAGAAGAACUAGGCAACAAGUUCAGUAUGCAGGAAAGGCUGGGGAUGCUACUUACCCGCAUCCUUCUCACUGGGGCAAGGUUUGUUUCCUCACUACAUCAGACGGUAAAAAUUGUGAACUAGUAAAAAAUUUGGCUGUCACAGGACUAGUAAGCACCAACAUAACUGGGUCUGUAUUGCCUCAGUUGUUUGAUUGUGGAAUGGAAGAACUGGUCGAAGAUACUUCCACGUGUCUGGGCAACAAGGACAAAGUCUUCCUAAAUGGGGAUUGGGUUGGAGUGUGUUCAGAUUCCAUUUCAUUUGUGGCAGAACUAAGAAGUAAAAGGCGUAGAAAUGAAUUGCCUCAUCAGGUGGAAAUUAAAAGAGACCAAUGUCAACAAGAAGUACGCAUAUACUCUGAUGCAGGAAGGAUUCUACGUCCGCUUUUGGUAGUUGGUAAUCUACACAAGAUUAAAGGAUAUGAAUCAGAACAUUACUCUUUCCAGUCCCUAUUGGAUGAUGGUGUGGUUGAGCUUGUUGGACCUGAAGAAGAGGAAGAUUGUCUUACUGCUUGGGGUGUUCUGUAUUUAUUUUCAAAAGAGGACAAUUCUUCUGUAAAGUUCACACAUUGUGAACUUGAUAUGUCAUUCUUAUUGAGUUUAAGCUGUUCACUUGUACCAUUUGCCAAUCAUGAUCAAGCAAGAAGGGUGCUUCUCCAAUCUCAGAAGCACUCCUCCCAGGCUAUUGGAUUUUCAACAACGAACCCAGACAUUAGAGUUGAUAUUUUGUCUCAGCAGUUAUAUUAUCCCCAGAAGCCUCUUUUUCUUACAAUGACUUCUGAUUGUCUUGGAAAACCAGGGUAUCCACUGGGCCAAAAUAGAGUACUUCCAAUCGCAGAAUUCUAUAAGGGGCAGAAUGCAAUUGUGGCUGUCAAUGUGCAUCUGGGAUAUAAUCAAGAAGAUUCAAUAGUGAUGAACCGUGCUUCUUUGCAGCGUGGUAUGUUCAGAUCAGAACACAUAAGGAGUUACAAAGCAGAAAUUGAAAAUAAGGAAUCUUUGGUGAAGAUGCGGAAACCUGAAGAUGUUGUAAAAUUUGGAAAGAUAGAAAGUAGAAUUGGUAGAGUUGAUAGCGUUGAUGAUGAUGGCUUUCCAUAUGUUGGUGCAAAUUUGCAAAGUGGGGAUAUUAUUAUUGCGCGGUGUACCGAGUCAGGGGUGGAUCAUAGUAUUAAGUUAAAACACUCCGAAAGGGGUUAUGUUCAAAAGGUUGCGCUGUCUUCAAAUGAAGUGGGGAAGAAUUUUGCUGUGGUUUCGUUAAGACAGGUUCGAAGUCCAGUUGUUGGGGACAAGUUCUCAAGCAUGCAUGGACAAAAGGGUGUUUUAGGAUUUCUGGAGUCUCAAGAAAAUUUUCCUUUCACUACACAAGGUAUUGUUCCUGAUAUUGUCAUUAAUCCACAUGCAUUUCCCUCACGACAAACACCUGGGCAACUCCUGGAGGCUGCUUUAGGAAAAGGGAUUGCACGUGGUGGUUUAUUGAGACACGCUACACCUUACUCCACUCCCUCUGUUGAUGUAAUUACAGAUCAGCUUCACAGAGCUGGGUUUUCCAGAUGGGGGAAAGAGAGAGUAUAUAAUGGAAGGACAGGUGAAAUGGUGGGUGAACUCAUAUUUAUGGGCCCUACAUUCUACCAGCGACUUGGACUCAUGUCUGAGGAUCAAUUAAAAUUCCGGAACACCGGUCCGGUUCACCCGGUCACACGACAACCUGUGAAAGACAAGAAGCGUUUUGGAGGUGUCAACUUUGGUGAAAUGGAGCGUGAUUGUCUGAUCGGUCAUGGUGCAUCAGCCAACCUGUAUGAACGCCUCUUUACACUCAGUGACUCCUCUCAGAUACACGUUUGUAGAAAAUGCAGAAACGUUGCAAAUGUGAUUUUACGACGGAUGUCUGGUGGCCAUAAUAUACGAGGUCCCUAUUGCCGCUUAUGUGAAUCUGUUGACGACAUUGUGGUAGCUAGUGUCCCCUAUGGAGCUAAAUUAUUGUGUCAGGAGCUUUUUAGCAUGGGCAUAAAUCUCAAAUUUGAUAGUGAACUUUGCUAG